UUUAAAUUUCUUUAUCUUCUCCCAACAAAAAUCAAAGGUUCCUAUUCUGUAUUUGAGAGGCUGUUCGGAAUGGUUUGAUUAUGUAUUUUUGUACAGACCGCAAAAUUACCAGGUUUUAUUAAUUUUUUUAAGAGAGGAAAAGCGAUCAGUUCGGAGUAGAAAAAAAUUAUUAGUUUCUAAAAAUGGGUUCCAAAAACAUAACAAUGCUUCUCAAUAUGAUUGGCUCCGGUUAUAAAUUUGGACGGUGCAUACCUCCAACUCAUUCUAGAAAAUUGAAAAGAUGUGUGAACGCAAACUACUAUCACAUUUCAGCCCAAAAGUUAAAAGAAAUACAAAAGCAAAUGAGCGAAGGGGACAAAAAGGAAUCGCAGAAAAGGCUGUUCCCUAGUUCUUUGAAUGACACCUCAUUAGAGGGCGAGAAGAGUGUUUCCAAAGGAGUUGAGAGGCCUGAUGAUCUGAAAAUCAGCGAAGUUGGAGAUUUUAUUGCAGACUCCUCCAAUCAGAAAGAUGUUGGAAAAAAUGAGAUGCCUUUAACACUUGAAAAAGCAUCGGAAAGCUCUGCUCAAGUUGAUCUAAACAUUGGAAAACUGAAAGCUGAUCAAAAAUAUGAGGAGAAACAAACAAAUAAGGUAAACGAGUUGGAAAAAGAAGCUAGUGUUAAUAUGAUGGAUUCAAUUAAGAAAGAGAUAAAGGGAAGCUAUUCAAGCUUAAGACAAAAAAAGUUGGAUAAAAACCCAUCGGAUUACAUAUUGUUUGGGUCUAGGAACCUGGCUGGAGACAAAGAGAAACUGAACUCAACAAAGGAGAUUAACUCUAAGCCGAUCAAUAAGUUUGAUUCAACAUUCAGCAUUAAAGUGGAAUCAAAUAAAUCUAGUGAAAAUUAUGUGGAGCCGAAGGAAAAUAACACGAAAGAAUUAAAACUUGAUGAAAAAGGUUCAAUUAAUGACGAGAAAAUAAAUGUAAGAACAGUGAAUGAGACAAAAGAUAUCAAUUCACAAGAGGGAAAACUAGCUUAUAAGAAGCAAAUUGACAUUGCUGAACGAAGCAUUUCAGAAAAGAAAGUAAUUGCAAUGAAAGGAAUGGCGAUGCUAGGAAAAGAAUCGACCUCUGGUGAAAAUUUAAAUACUUUGGAGAAGAAACAUUUGAGAACAUCUCCAAGUAUUCAGGAGAAUCCAAAAACAGCAGAUGAUGUGGAGGCGAAAAACGUCGCAUCUGCAAGUAAUUCAACGAAUUCUAUUGAUAAAAUUAAUAUGGAUAUGAUAAAAAAAUCCAAAAAUACAGGAAGUGAUAGCAGUGUCAAAGAAGACAAGCCUAGAACACUUGAAGUGGAUCGCCCUACUACUAAAAAUAUAUGUUGAAUACAUUACUGGAUCCAAUUGCCAAGUCAUCGCAGAAAAAGGUCCAAAUGAAAGAGAGUUCUCCUCAAGGUGGAAGAGGUGAAUCAAAAGAGGCAGCCAGUAGCAAAAACCCAAUAACUAAUGAAAAAAUGACCGAUGGGAAACAAAUAGUUGAUAGAUCGAAUAAACCAAAAAUGAGUGGCGAUAGCAAAGCAGCAUCAAACGAUUUAUUAGUAAAAGGAAAUGCAGUGAGAACUUCAAAUGAAAACACAGCUCAGAGUCCAGAUAUUGCACCCAAUCAACAAGUUGAUCAGAAAAGUCAAGAUAAGUCAAACAUUGAAAAUAAAUUGAAUAUUUCUAAAGCAGAAAAACAUAAAAUGGCAGAAUCAAGUGAUUUAUUGAAAGAGAAUAUUGUUGACAUUCCAAUCAGUAUCUCAAUUGAUACAUCAACCAAAGAAGGUCUCAAUCGACAAGUUGACAAGACAAUUGGACAUAAGUCAAAAAUUGAUAAUAAAUUGAAGGCUUUCAGAUUGGAAAAGCAUGAAUCACCAAUUGAUUUAUUGAAUGAAAGUAUAAAAGAUUCAAACAAAACAAUUUUUCAAGCAUCUAAUAAAAAAGAUGAUCAUAAAAUAACUGCGAAAUCAAACGUUUCAAAUAAAUUGGACAAUUCGAAGAUGAGGCAGGUAAAAUCAGCUUCAAAAGCAAAGUUGGUAAAGGGCAAAGCUAAACCGAAGCCUAAACCUACACUUAAAGUUAAAUAUCGAUUGAAGGAAACUCUGAAAGACAAAAUGGAAAAGCUAAAUAAACAAGAAAAGAUGAAGAUACUGACAAGUGACAGUAAGAGUAGAACAGCUAAUGAAAAAGUUGAUCUCCAAUCAAAACCUGAGAAAA